GAAAGGCGCCCUAUUGGCCACCAACGGCCUGGCCGUGGUGGGCGGGGCCCUGAUGGGCGGGGCCAAGCUGGGCCCCACCUACAUCCUCAUCAUCAUUGGCCGCCUCAUCGUGGGGGCCUACUCAGGGCUGGUGUCGGUGCUGGUCCCUCUGUACGUGGGGGAAGUGGCUCCGCUGCGGCUCCGGGGGGCCCUGGGGACCCUCCACCAGCUCGGCAUCGUCAUCGGCAUCCUGGGCGCGCAGGUGGGCGGGGCCUACGGGG